AUGUCAUUCAAGAACAAGGAAGCACUAGCAACUUCGUUGAAACUUGCUUGCUUGAAGAAAGAUUUUAGAAUCAAGAAGGUGAUUAAUUCGCGUACUGUGUAUUGCUUCAGAUGUGUACAUCCGGAGUGCAAGUGGUGGCUGAGGGCUGUGAAGCUUUUAAGUUUUGACAGAUUUUGUAUCAGAACCUACAUAAAGCAUCACACAUGUGGUUCUGAGCACAUUACGAGCCAUAAUCCACACGCUACAACGAAAGUCAUUGGUGAAUACUUCAAAGAUAAUUUUCCUUACGGUAAAGGCCCAUCUACAAAAGAUAUGAGUCAAUCAAUCCAUACAGAUUUGGGUUGUAAGGUAAGUUAUUGGAAGGUCUGGAAGGGCAUGGAGAUUGCAAAGGCUUUGACAAGGGGGACACAUGAGCAAGGGUAUGCGGUGCUUGAUGCGUACCGUUAUAUGCUUCGUUCUGCAAAUCUAGGAAGUAAGACGGCAUUGAAGGUUAAUGAAAAUAGGAAGUUCAAGUACUUUUUGGUAGCCUAUAAGGCUUUUGCGCAAAUGAAAAAAGUCAUAGCUGUCGAUGGGACAUUCUUGAGGAGCAAGUAUAAAGGAGUGUUGUUGUCGGCAGUUGCACAUGAUGCGGAGAAUCAUAUUUUUCCAGUGGCAUUUUGUGUAGUGGACAAGGAGUGUGAUGCUUCGUACAAAUAUUUUUUUGAACAAAUGAGAAGCUAUAUAGAGGAUACCCCUGAGUUGUGCAUAAUUUCUGAUAGACAUCCAAGUAUCAAAAAGGCGGUUUCAAUUGUCUUCCCUACAUGUCAUUAUGGUUUUUGCAUGAGGCACCUAGGGAAAAAUCUGAGAACCACCUUUCACAAUGGGGCGGUCGUAUCUCAAUUUUAUAAAGCAGCAAAAGCGUACAAUAUUGAUGUCUUCAAUGACCAUUUCAAUCAAAUCAGAGAUUUGGUUCCUGGGGCCGCCGAACAUCUUGAACGUGCUGGAUUCCACAGAUGGAGCAGGGCAUUCUGCCCCGAAAAUAGGUAUAAUUUUAUGAUGACAAACGCUGCUGAGUCGGUGAACUCAAUGUUCAAUGUUGAAAGAGAAUUUUCCAUUACUGCUCUAUUUGAUUCCAUAAACAGGAGGUUUACUGAGAAAUUUCAUGAGAGGCGUAUGGAGUUCAUCGACUCACCAACCAUCUUUGUUCCCUCAAUGGAAAAAAAUAUCAAAAUUUGUCAAUUUGGGGAAUAA